AUGCUUCUGGUCGAAGAGGUAGAUAUAACAGCAACAGAUGAUCAUGGAAUGGCCGCUCUUCAUUGGGCCGUCCAGAGUGGUAGGGCAGCCGCAGCUGCAGCAACAAUAGAACAACUACUUGACGCUGGAGCCGACGCUUUUGCACGUGGGAAUUGUGGAAGAGCUCCACAUAACUGGGCAUCCUUUCCACCCCUGUUUGAUGAACUUCUUCGUCGGGCAGAAGGUGCUGCCAUCGCUCCUAUACUUGCACGGGCUUACACAGAGGAGUUUACACCACUCCAUAUAGCUGCCCGAGAUGGCCAAGCAACGGAGAUAGGUGAUCUACUACUCAACGAGGGAAUCGAUCCUUCUCUCCCUGAUGGCACUGAUAUGACCGCACUUCCCUGGGCAGCGUGA